AUGUUCAAUGAGUGUUUUACUGACGUCGACGCUCUCGAGAAUGCAUUACGAAUGCAGAGAGAAUGUAGUAAAAAGUUUCCGUUUGACUAUCGUCUUUACUUAAAGGAGAUUCAUCUUAAAGAGAUCCACAUUUUGACAAGACGCACUCGAUUCAGUUGGUAUGAUGUGCCAGCCAGGAUCACCCGUUUGGCAAUCAAAUAUUGUCCAAAUCUCAAAACUCUUUCUCUUACAGGACAGGUGUUUUUUCUUGUGGACCCGAGUCUGUUUCUGGUUUCUAUAAAAAGCCUGCCCUGUUUGCAAAAUUUAAGUUGGUAUUUAGAAUUAGAUAAUAGCAUAUUCAGCACACUUUCUAAGGCUGCACAUAACUUGAAAUCAAUUUCGGUCGAAGUAUCUGGGAUUAGAACAUAUAACUUUGAACAAGAAUUGCAUAAUGGGUUGCAAAAACUCAUACAGUCUCAACAUCAACUAAAGUCUUUUACUAUAAAAAAAGUGAGAACAAAGAUGAGUUCAGUGUUUGAACUGUUGGAGUCACAGUCGAAUUCUCUGGAAUCAAUUGUUUUGGAAUACAUUUACUUCAAUUCGGAUGAUUCAAGCGUUGAAUCAACAAAGUUUAAUCAAUUGGCGAGCAUCUCAAUAAAAGACUGUCAGGUAUCCAUGCGAGGACUAAAAUCAAUCUUGAAGGCAGACUUACCCAGAUUACAAAUACUCGAGUUCGAAAACACUGACUGGAGACGCGAAAGUGACUGGCUUUUAUUGCAAAAUAAGUACCAAGAACGAAUAAUUGAUUUCGGAAAUAAUAGAGUUUUCGAUCAAUGGGGGCGUAUAUAUUACUUAUGA